AAUACAGGUACACUGUCAAAUUUGUACCAGGGAGCAAUGGUGUUGGACGAUUUAACUGCAAGUCUAUCCCAAAUAUGAGUAUGUCUGCUGCUAGCAAAAAUACUGGUGCAGACAGUGGGUGCCAAAGUGAUGAAGAUCAAGCUCCAUUAGUUUUCGUUGCUGAUCCUAGUGGUGAGGAGUAUCAUAAUGAGAGAUUGAAAGACUUUGAAAUUGAAGAUGUUGUGCAAGAUUGCACCCCACGUAAAUGCGCAAUAAUCCCGGUAGAUGGCAGCACUCCAACACCGUGUGCUAUCCCUGCCGAAAUUGUGCAUCACUGGCCUGUGGAUUCACCGAUAUCAGACGACAGUGAGGGUAGUGGAAUAAUUGCAGAACAAUGUACAAAUAGCCAGCAUCGCCGGUGUAACAGUGCAGUGACAUGUAACACCAGUAGCUCCAGCACUUCAUUUGACCUGCAAGAUAUAAGCGAUUUAGAUCUUCUGGAUCUGCCAACGGAUCACACUUUUGUGAGCAGCAUAAGCAGCAGCUCUGAGCAAGAUAGUGGUCUGCCGUCUUUUUCCCCAUCGUUGGAUAGCAAGGACCUGCUGUUAGAGUUAUCCAACCAGGAGGAGUACUUUGAUUUCAUGCAAUCAUUUGUUGGUCUUAUCUUUGCUAAUAGCGCUGAAAUUUCCCAAAUAUUGAAAGCAAAGUUUGGAGAAUGUUGCCAGGCUGCACAGGGGAGGUUGUGGUUUUCCAAGCUUCUAUCAAAGCAGAGGGUGAAGAACAAGCAAGUUAGUGAGAGAACAUUCUAUUCUCUAGUUCAGUACUUGGCCAUAGCUCUGUUUGAGUGCCAUGAAGCCGAUGACUUCACACCUGCAAGAACACUAAUGAAUAUGUGCUUCACAUUUUACACAUUACAAAGUGGCAUUCAACACCAUGAGGGGCAAAGAGUGUAUCUUUACUCACAUUUGCACAAUCAACCGAUAUGGCAGUGCCAGCGCUUCUGGAGCGCGGCUUUCUAUGAUGCCUUCCAGCAGGAACGUGCCAACAGACCUCUGUUCACAAGGAAUGAGUGGGAUAGCAUAAGCAGUGAGGAGCAGGAAGAUGAGAAGAGAUACCAGCAGAAUGUUGCAUUCGGACAGCUUGGCACCUUCACAUACAAUAUGGUUCAGCUAGGGAUGCCCAAAGCACUCUGUUUAGACUUUCUGCGCAAGCAAAGUACCAUUUGCAACUUAACCACAGAGCAAGUGGAAUUGCUUCAGGAGAAUUUGGAGAGAAUUUCAUGAUCAGCAAGCAUUGUCUUGCAAUGCUGAUAGUCAGAUCUCACGGGUAACAGUGCAAUCAACGGACCAAGAUGUGACACUGACAUGUGAAGGAUUGCCAUCCUAUUCUGAGUUGUGCCAUUUGGAAUUUGAAUACACCAAUAUAUUGAACUGAUAUUAGUAUUGAA